UGACAUUAUCAACGAAGUUAAGAAUUGUUAAAUAAUAAAUAGCUAUUACUGCAAUAUUUAUAUUUUAGACGAUUCUGGAAUUCAGAUCGGGAUUUAAAAAAAUUUCAAAAUUCACCAUGAUAUCUUCGGGAUUUAGUGGCGCUUUAAAAUUAACAGAUUUAGAUGAUUUUAUCACACCGUCCCAGGAGUGUAUAAAACCUGUGAAAUUUGAAAAAUCAUCACUCGGAACAGGAGCAAAAAUCAAAAUUGGAGAUGAUGGUUCUUAUGUUCAAGAAUCCAAAAAUGGUAAAAGCGAAAAAUUAAAACAGGUUGAAAUUUCAUUAACCGAUUGUCUAGCAUGCAGUGGUUGUAUAACUUCAGCAGAAACUGUUCUAGUUCAACAACAAAGUACUGAUGAAAUGAUGCGUGUUUUUGAUGCACAAAAUGUACUCGAUAAUAAAAAAUUCAUAGUUGUUUCUAUUUCUAUACAAUCAUGUGUAUCAAUUGCAAUAAGUAAAAAUAUUACAGUUGAAUGUGCUGCAUCAAAAUUAUGUGGGUAUUUCAAGAAAUUGGGCGCUGACUUGGUAUUAGAUAUAAAACUUGCUGAAGACUUAGCAUUAUUAGAAUCUCAGAACGAAUUUAUAGAAAGAUAUAGAUUAGCUAAAGCAUCAAAAAUUCAAAAAAUAUUACCAAUGUUAGCAUCCUCAUGUCCAGGUUGGGUGUGUUAUGCAGAGAAAACUCAUGGAAAUUUUAUACUACCAUACAUAAGUCGUGUAAAAUCCCCACAACAAAUUAUGGGUUCAUUUAUAAAAGAUUUUAUUUCAAAUUUGAAAAAUAAACCUAGAACUGAUAUAUACCAUUUAACAGUUAUGCCUUGUUUUGACAAAAAGUUAGAAGCAUCAAGGGAUCAAUUUUUUGAUGUAGACAGUCAAACUAAAGAUGUUGACUGUGUAAUUACUUCUAUUGAAGUGGAUGCAUUAUUGGUCAAACAAGACAUUAUUUUUGAUGACAUAGUUCCUGUAAAUUUUGAUACAGUGAUAAAUAACUUAACAGAAGAUAAUUAUAAUUUGUUUACAAAUAGUGGUUCUGGAUCUGGAGGAUAUGCCCAUCAUAUAUUUUGUAAUGCAGCAAAGGAAUUAUUUAAUAUUAAUAUUGACAAAGUUGAAUUUAAGCCUCUACGGAAUAUUGAUAUGAAAGAAGCUACAUUAGAAAUUGAUGGAGUAGUUGUUCUGCGAUUUGCUAUAGCUAAUGGUUUUAGAAACAUACAAAACCUUGUCCAAAAAUUAAAAAGUAAAAGAUGUCCAUAUGAUUAUGUUGAAGUGAUGGCUUGUCCUUCAGGCUGUUUAAAUGGAGGAGCUCAAGUGAAACAAGUGGAAUUCAAGCCAAAUAGAGAAUUCAUAAAUGCUUUAGAGAAUAUUUAUAAUGAGUUACCUAAAAGCAAUCCAAUGGAAAGUAACAAUGUAAAAUAUUUAUAUUCAAAUUGGUUAAAUGAAAACAACAAAAAUGAUCACUUAUUUACAACAUAUCGAGAAAUUAAAAAGAAUGAUCAGCCUUUAAAUAUUAAAUGUGAAUAUCAAUAGGCGAAUAUAAGUAUGAUAAUUAUGCCAAUUUAUGCGAUUGUCUAUCUAUUUAAAUAUUGAAAUAUUUAAGUCUCUUCCCAAAGUUCUACAAAGUAUAAGUAACAUGACAAAACAAAACAAUGUAUGAGAUAAUAAUAUAAUAUGCGUCGUCACGAAAAACUGUCGACGGACCACACGGGUACAAGAUGGAAACAGCUCCUAUAAUAUGUAGGUACAGACGAUCUGGCGAAAGUGUUUGUGUAUACACAUUAUGUAUAAAAUAAGGAUACCAUUGUUUUCAGUCGGACGGUAGGAGUAAAAUAUAAUAUACAUAUAUAUAUGUGUGUGUGUGCGCUCACGUCACAAUAUUAUGUGUGCCAGCGCGGGGAGAUCAUAUCGUAUGAUAUUCUGUACUUACACAGGUAAGGUUAUUACCAUUCAUAAGUGACACGCGUGUAUAGUAGGUCCCCUGCGUAGUAGGUACAACACGUCUGCCGCCAGAACCCGUUCACCUGCUAUAGAUAUAAUAUUAUUAUAAAUUACAGUUU